AUGACUUCUCCAAUCGAACUUUCCCAAUCGUCUGAAACUGCCGAGAGCCAGCAGGUAAACGCCGCAGUGGGAUCACUACCUCCAUUUUGGAACCACAAACCGGAAUUAUGGUUCGCCAUUAUCGAGGCAAAAUUUGAUUUGGCAAACGUCACCGCUGAGAAGACAAAAUAUAACCAUACUCUUGGUGCUCUUCUUCCCGAAAUCGCUAGCGAGGUAGCAGACAUAAUUACAGCCCUGAAGCCGGAGGAGCAGCAGCCGUACAGUAAAUUAAGACGAGCCAUACUUGCACGUCUCACGUUGUCAGAGACUCAAAAAGUGCAACAACUAGUGUCAGGGCUGGAGCUUGGUUCUAGGAAGCCGUCACAACUGUAUCGUCAAAUGAUAACCCUCGUGGGAGAAGGUUCAAACAAAUCCGUGAACGAACAAGUAUUACGGGAGCUUUUUAUGCAACAAAUGCCACAAAAUAUUAAACUAGUCCUAAUAUCGCUUGGUGACAUUAAUUUAGGCAAGCUCGCGGAAUUAGCUGACAAAAUUUUGGAAGCAGCGCCGAUGACAGCUGUUUCAACAAUCACCACUCGUGGAGACGAUGCACCUACAGACGAUGCGAACAGUCCAUUGAGCAUCUUGGUUAAAAAAAUGGACGAGACGCCGUCAUGGGAACCGCAAGUAUAA